GGCUCGGCGCUCGGCGGCGCGGCCUGGCGGGGCGGAAGCGGCGCCGUCUGCUCGGCCCGGCUCGGCCCGGCUCGGCCCGGCUCGGCCCGGGCGGGGGCCGCCAUGGUUUAAAAGGGCCGCGGGGGGAGAAGGAGGGCAGCGGGCUGGAGCCAUGAACCUGCUGCCGGCCAACCCGCACGGCAACGGGCUGCUCUACGCCGGCUUCAACCAGGACCACGGAUGCUUUGCAUGUGGAAUGGAAAAUGGAUUCCGAGUUUAUAAUGCAGAUCCACUCAAAGAAAAAGAGAAACAAGAAUUUCUAGAAGGCGGUGUUGGCCAUGUUGAAAUGCUAUUUCGUUGCAACUAUUUAGCACUAGUAGGUGGAGGAAAAAAGCCGAAGUACCCACCUAACAAAGUAAUGAUCUGGGAUGAUCUGAAGAAGAAGACUGUCAUUGAGAUAGAAUUUUCUACAGAAGUCAAAGCAGUUAAGCUGCGAAGAGACAGAAUUGUGGUAGUCUUGGACUCCAUGAUUAAGGUUUUCACGUUCACACACAAUCCCCACCAGUUGCACGUCUUCGAAACCUGCUACAACCCUAAAGGUCUCUGUGUCCUUUGUCCAAAUAGUAAUAAUUCUCUCCUUGCAUUUCCCGGAACACAUACUGGGCACGUGCAGAUAGUGGAUCUGGCUAAUACAGAGAAGCCUCCUGUAGACAUACCAGCUCAUGAAGGAGUCUUGAGCUGUAUAGCUUUAAACCUGCAGGGAACAAGAAUUGCAACAGCAUCAGAAAAAGGGACCCUCAUAAGAAUAUUUGAUACUUCAUCAGGGCAUUUAAUCCAGGAGCUGCGAAGAGGAUCACAGGCAGCUAAUAUAUACUGCAUUAACUUCAAUCAGGAUGCUUCCCUAAUCUGCGUAUCCAGUGACCAUGGCACAGUACAUAUUUUUGCUGCAGAAGACCCCAAAAGAAAUAAGCAGUCAAGUUUGGCCUCAGCCAGCUUUCUCCCCAAAUACUUCAGUUCCAAAUGGAGUUUUUCCAAAUUUCAGGUUCCCUCAGGCUCUCCAUGCAUUUGUGCCUUUGGAACAGAGCCAAAUGCUGUCUUAGCAAUAUGUGCAGAUGGCAGCUACUACAAGUUCUUAUUCAACCAAAAAGGGGAAUGCUCAAGGGAUGUCUAUGCUCAGUUUCUAGAAAUGACUGAUGACAAGCUUUGACUGAAUCGAGGGAGUACACAGGUCAAAGUAUUGCCUUGGCUAUUCUGCAUCUUUGGAAGGACAGUAUAUGAAUGUCCAAUACUGAUCGAAAUGUUCAGCAGACCUCACUGAGAAGCCUGGUCCCACGUGAUCAGAACAAGCUCUGAAGUAGGGGACUACAUAUGUUUAUUCUCAUUUCUGCAAGCAUUCAUCAUUAAAAUCUCUCUGGGUUACUGUCAUCAACUCAAGUUUUCAAGAUGUGGCUUUCAACAAGCUUGUGCCUAUUGGGUUUCUCUUCAAUCUAAACUGUGAAAUGACUUCAGAUAAAACACGAGUGCCUGCCAACUAAGAGAUCUGCAGGGGGCUGUACAAAUGUCAGGCCUAGCCUUGGAAAAAGGGAUGUGAAAACAGAAGAUUUUAGGCAUUGCUGGAAGUGGGGGAAAUACUCAAAUAUCAUACUCAAAACUCUACCAGCCUUGUUCAGACCAGGAGUACUGCCUUUCCCCUCUCUCCCCAACACACCUUAGUCUAGCAGGGAAGAGAGGACAAGUGUGGAGCCACAGAGGACUGUAGCCUGAUCCCUGCUUGGUGGGUGGAGGUAGUCCUGCAGCUAUACACUACUGUUUGUGUAGUAACCACACCACUGUUAGUUAAGUUGAAUGGUCAGCACUAAUUGUCUGUAUGUAGUAGCUGAUGGCACAUUUGGGCAGUUGCUGACCCAACUGCCCUCCCCUUGGUGUGUGAAGCAAGUACCCAGGCCACGGGCACGGGGCACUCCUGUAGCUGUAGAGGCAAUUCCUCCUGUAAGGAAAGCAGCCAUUCCAGGUUUAAAAAAAACACUGCUGGUACUGGUGUCACAGUUGUACUGACUGCUUCUAGAAUUCCUGUGCUUCAACUGGAAGAGUGGACUUACACAUCCAGCACAAUACAUGAAUGAGGUGGCACGAAGUAUACUUCUCUGCAAUGGCUUUAAAUGUGCAAACUUUUUUUUCUUUGAGAUGUUGCAUACUAAAUAAUGUUUGCCUAAAGACAGUUAGGUUAGACUAAACCAAUUGCAAAUUCUUUCCUCUAAAUUGUUACGCAGCAAUUAAUAUUUACUGCUGAACUAAGGCAUAAGAUACUAAACUAGAAACUGAAAUAGACACAAGCUCUCGAUUAAUAGCACUAAAUAUCUGGGGGGAGGUAAGUCUUGCUCUUCUGAAAUUUUAUUUCACAGAUGCUUCGAAUCUGACAUCCCAGUUCACUUUAAGACUGUUUAGCUGCAAACUCUCUAAAUUUGUCAAGUUUCUUUUAAUAUCAUGUAACAUACUGAGGACUAACUUCUACGCAGAUUUUGAUGUCAAGGUUGCAUGUUGCUUUUAUGUGUAUUUAAUCACAGAAAUUGUUUUGCACACUUAUUUGUAAUAUGUUAUUUCUUUUAAAUAAAAGUGACUAAUUUUGCUGUA